UAAAAACCUAAGGCAGAUAAAAUGAAACUAGACAUGUGACAAUAUUUCUUCUGUUGAUCAAUAACUGAUAAUUAAAACAUCGGUGUGAAAUUAUGAGUAGCAUAACUAAUGACAGGGAAACAAAAUGGAUAGAAAUUCAGAAAAAUACUUUUACAAACUGGGUAAACGAAGAAUUAAGAGUUAGUAACCGUUCUGUUAGUGAUCUUGGAACAGACUUCUGUGAUGGAGUUAACUUAGUGGCAUUAGUAGAAUCCCUACAAUUAAAGAAAAUUGGAAAGGUCUAUGCAAAGCCGACGACAAGGAUUCAAAUGAUACAAAAUGUAGCCAUUGCAUGUAAAGCUAUAACUGAGGACAAUAUUAAACUAGUCAAUAUAGGAAAUGAAGAUAUAGUAAACGGUAACCUGAAAUUAAUUUUGGGAUUAACAUGGCACCUUGUUAUGCGAUAUCAGAUUUCUACUCGGAAGACAAAGUCUCCUCCGAAACAGCUGAUGUUGAACUGGUUUCGAGUGUCAAUACCUGGCGUCCGUGUCAACAACUUCACAACGGAUUGGAACGAUGGAAUAGCUUUACAUGCUUUAAUUGAUAACUUAAAACCAGGAAUAUCACCACAGUGGCGUCAGCUGAACAAACAAAAUAAAGUAGAGAACUGUCGAGAUGCAAUGGUAUUGGCCAAAGAUCAUUUAAAUAUUCCACGAGUUAUUUCCCCUGAAGAUUUUGCCAAUCCAGCUUUAGACGAAUUAUCGGCCAUGACUUAUUUGUCUUAUUUUGUCAAACCAAAUUCACCAGGUUAUUAUGCUACAUUAAACUGGGUUUGCAAGCAGUUGAAGACUACCACAAUUUCCAACCUGACGACUGACUGGAAUGAUGGUUAUAAUUUGUGUGCAAUAGUAGCAUCACAGGGAGGACAUAUUGAAGGAUGGCCGAAUCUGGACAGGAAGGAUCAUGUCAGCAAUUGUCAGAAAGCAAUCGACGGCGGAAAAGACCUAGGCGUAGAGCCACUAUUGACAGCAGAAGAAAUAGCAGACCCUAAAGUCGACCAUCUUAGUUUGAUGACGUACAUAUCAAGAUUUCAACAUCUCGUUCCGAAAAAGAAGGACGAAGAGAAAAUUGGAAUCAAGGCAGAUUUAAAUAACAUAAGAACAGGAGUACAGGCUUUAAUUACUCUACUCUACCACGAAAAGGAUUUGAAAAAGGAACUUCUACAAGUCGACAUUGAAGGACCGUCAGAACAAAUUAAUUGUGAUACAGCAUGGAAAGAGAAAUAUGCGGAGUGUAAAUUUGUACCCAAGGAAGCUGGUGAAUAUAAUGUAAACAUAUCAUACAACAAUAAAAAGUUGUUAGGAUGUCCUUUAGUGUUUACUGUAAAACAGGACUUAUCUACAGUACGAUUUAUUACUCCGACAGAGAGUAGAUGUCGUGUAGGAUCACAAAAUAAAUUACAGAUUGAUUCUGCAGACAAAAUUGUAGGUGUAUUGACAAUAGAAAUACACAAUCCAAAUGAUGAUAUCAAGACCAUGGAAUGCCAAGAGGAAGAUGGGAUAUAUCGAACUGUAUUUCAACCAAAAAAUGUUGGUGAAUGGAAGAUCCAUGGAUACAUUGACGGUGAAGAGAUCAGCAACAGUCCAGUUGUGUUUGUUGCUCAUGAUCCACAAAAAGCAUGGUUAACUGGACCAAGCAAAGGAGUAGCUGGGGAACAUGCCAAUUUUCUAGUGAACUGCUCCGAAGCGGGCGAAGGAACUGUAACAGCAGAUGUACGCCAUGUUGGGAAAGAAGUGAAAUGUGAAGUGAAGUCGGAUGAAGAAGAGAAUGAUUCUUAUCAAAUUAUAUUUAAGCCAAGCGACUCUGGUACUUAUUUCGUUUACGUCAAAUUCAACGGACAGGAAAUUGCAGGAUCACCAAAAAGUUUGGAUGUAGUAGAUCCGGGCCAGAUAACAGUGCUAGGCGAGGGUAUCGUCAGGGGGUUAAAAGGAAAAGAAUGCAAAUUUCAGGUUAAUUCCGGUGAUAUUGGAGGAAACAUUUCUGUAUUGGUUGAAAGGAAUGGUAAGGAGAUUGAUACCAGAUGGCGUGAAAUUAGUUCUACAGCUUUAGAAUUUUCAUACCUACCAGAAAGAGCUGGUAUUUACAAAAUUAAAGUCAUGUGGAACGAAAGAGAAAUAUUGGGGAGUCCAUUUCAUACGAAAAUAGCAGACCGCUCUCGAGUAAGCUUAAUGGAUGAUUUAACAGGGUUAAUGGAUGAGAACGGACAUUUGGCUUUAGUUUGUAAUCAGGAAACACGAUUACAUUAUGACAUUACCGACGCAGGGCCAGGCUCAUUUAAUGCUGAAGUUUUAUCGCCUAGUGGGAAAUUGAAAGUUAAUUUGAGAAAACCAGAUACUGACCAGAUAGAAGUUGCUUUCAUAGCAAAAGAAGAAGGUGACCACUACAUACAUUUAUACUGGUCAGAUAUUCCUCUGGAUUCAUCGCCAAUUAUUGCCUAUUGUCCUGGACCAAUAUUACCUGUUGACCACUCCAAGGUUAUAUUAACUGGAAGCGGACUAAGGGAAGCCAGAGCAGCGGUUCCAGCCGAAUUUUUAAUUAACGGGAAAAAAGCUGGGCCCGGUAUCCCUAAAGUAAUUGCUAAAGGUGUGAAAAUGGAUCCACCAGUCUCAAUCAAGCCACUAAAAUAUGACCGUUAUCAGUGCUCUUAUACAGCUCCUUUUCCAGGUGCAUAUUUAAUAUAUGUUUAUUGGUCUGAACACUUGAUUGGCGGUACACCGUACAAAAUAUCAGCAACAAUGAAGGGUGCUGGUAGUAAGGUGAAAGUUUCCGGUCAAGGUUUAAAGGGAGGUUAUGUAGGCCAGGAGCUUAAAGUUACUGUAGAUACAGAAGAAGCUGGUAACGGUGAACUUACCGCAGCGUGUCAGGGGCAAGUGCAUACAGCAAGAUGUGACGUUAUGGAUCAACGAAAUGGCCAUUAUUUGAUUAGGUUUUUCCCAACAGAGGCGGCUUACCACACGCUGACAAUCAAAUAUGACCAUGAAAAUGUACCCGGAAGUCCUUUCAAAAUACCGAUUGGGGAACCUCCUGAUCCCCGAAAAGUUCAUGUCUAUGGUCCUGGUAUCGAAGAUGGGAUUCUUCAUUCAUACCAAAGUAGAUUUCUUGUGGAAACGUCUGGUGCUGGAGCUGGACAAUUAGCGGUUAGAAUCAAAGGGCCGAGAGGUGCAUUUAAAGUGGAUAUGGAAAGAGAGGAACAUAAUGAUAGAACAAUUCUGUGUCAGUAUGAUCCACAAGAACCGGGAGCAUACGUUAUUACUGUGAAAUGGUCGGGCCAUAAUGUCCGUGGAAGUCCGUUUAGUGUUCACAUAUUUGAGAGCAAGGAAGAACUUAUCAGUUUUAUCAAAAAGGAAAAAGGACUAAACAUAAAUCCAAGGGCAAUGGAAACUCCAUGGCGUGAGGAGAUAUAAUUAAAGAAUCAAGCUAUUAGAAUGGAUUAUAUACUUUAUAUCAGUACUGCAUGUUCUAUUUGUGUGUUUGUCAAGUUAUUUAUGGUUUUAUGCCAAUUUUGUCUCUAUUCGAAAUAAAUCAUUAUAUAUUCCGUUUGAUUGCUAUCAAUAUUCAGUAAUAAAUGAUCAAAUACCA